GCCACUUGUCUCGCGAAAAAAACACACAGAAGAACCCAACCAAGAACACCACCACGCUCCUCCUUUCUUCAUUCUUUUCUUCGUCCCUUUCCCCAACCUCAAAAGAUUCCAAUUCCAACACAGUCAUCAUCAUCAUCAUCACUAUUAUGGCAACACUCGCUCCGGGGAUCGUGUUGAAGCUCCUGAACGGUCUGAACACGGGCGUGAAACCGACGAGCGAGCACCGCAGCUCACUCUUGCAGGUCACCGACAUCGUCCCCGCCGACCUCGACGAGAAGAAUUUGAUCCCCAAACAGGGCUUCUACAUCAAGGUCUCCGAUUCCUCACACUCUAUCUACGCGAGUCUUCCCUCCGACCAAGACGACGUCGUUCUCAGCAACAAGAUGCAGCUCGGCCAGUUCAUCUACGUCGAUUGCUUGGAACCGGGCUCGCCGGUUCCCGUCCUCCGCGGCGCCAAGCCCCUCCCCGGAAGACACCCUCUGGUGGGCACGCCCGAGCCCUUGAUGGGUCUGAGGGCCCAGAAGCCCAGUUCUGUUCCCAGAAGAGGGUCUUGGGGAAAUAACGGUUGUGGUGGUGGUGGUGAUGGGGUUUCGGUUUCUUCUCCUAUGGUGUUCAAGCCGGUGAAUUUGGACUUUGACCAGUGUACCCCUGUGAAAGCGAGGAAUGGGGGUUUUCAACACGCGGCAAUGUCUUCACCUUUGGUUAGAGGGAAGGUUGGGAGAGAGGGUACUCCAGUUUCUGCUGUGAGAUGCUCUGUUGGUGGAGGGCUUCUUGCCAAGAUGAGUGAUGCCAAAGGGGAAAGUCCUGCAUUGAUGAGGAAAAGCUGUGUUCUUGUCUCUUCCAAUGGCAAGUUUAGCAGGAGCAGGAGUGUUUCCGAACGAGAACAUAGAAUCCCUGUUGCUAGCCCCUUCAAGUCAGCUGAGAAGAAAAGUGGGACUCCCCCACCGCGGUUGAAGAAUCACAAUCUGGAUUCAAAUGUCACUUUUCAACCCCAAUCUCAGUCUACUACUAAUUCAGCUUUUGAUAAUUGCAACAACCUUAGCCUCCCCGUGAAUUUACCUGGAAAGCUCAGCUCUCUGGGAAAGGAAGCUGUACAGCAGAGAGAAGUAGCUCAGAAGAUUGCCCUUCAAGCUUUAAGAGAUGCUUCAGCUACUGAGACAGUAGUUCGGUCCCUCAAGACGUUCUCAAAUCUAUGCAAGUCAGCUCGAACUGAUGCUCCUGCGGCUUGUUUUGAACGGUUUUUGGAAUUCCAUAACGAGAUUGUGCAAGCGGUUAAUGAAAUGGUGUCGAUACAAGCUGCUACUUCAGCUUCAGAGUUGAAGCAAGAACCGCAGGUUUUGCAUGAAGUAGUGGAGAACUACGACCAUUCUGGGAACAGUGAAUCCUCAAACUUGUCGAAAAGAAGGGGUUGUGCUGUGUACAACAAGUCAAUGGCUGCCAUUCCUGAAAAGCAGGAGCAAAAAAGGCCCCUAAGAAAGGAGAUUUUGGAGAAGAAAGGUUCUACCCCGUUUACAAAGAUGCCUCUUGAACCUAUAAUUGAAAAUGAUGAGAAUAAGAAACCAGGGGGAUCAUGCAGCUUGAGUAACACAAUCAAACUGGGAAAGCAGAUUGAAACAGAAGCUGGAAACUGGUUUAUGGAGUUCAUCGAGAAGGCCUUGGAAACGGGUUUGAAGAAAACGAAGGAUGCAUCAGAUGGGGAUGUGAGGAAAGUUCCUCAGUCUCUGAUAUUGAAAGUUAUGAAUUGGGUUGAGGUAGAACAGUACCAUAGUAACAAGCGACCGAGUCAUCCUAAAGCAGCACAAGUUGCUCGAAAGUUGAGAAUAAAGAUGAAAAAUCCUUAACAAUUUAUAUUCAAAACGUGUGUGUAUGUGUUUGGAAUAGCAGUUAGUGUGACUCGUUUGUCGGAAAUCAAUUCUAUUGUCACGUGCCACUUGGGUUGAUAAUUGUUUGCAAUUUUUUUAUUAUUUUCAUUAUUAUUGUAUACAUAUAUCAUAUAUGGAUGAUAUUCUUUGUUAUA